CCCUCAGACCUCAUUACUGGUCAUCAUGGGAUGUGGCACUUCUGUUUCCACAGAAACGCAGGACAAAGUAGUGGAGAAAGAUAAUUCAGUUAAGGCUCCCAACCCCGCUCUGACUAUGAAGGCUGCUGUUUUGAUCCAGCGAUGGUACCGACGCUACAUGGCCCGCCUGGAGAUGAGACGUCGGUACACCUGGAACAUUUUUCAGUCCAUCGAAUACGCCGGAGAACAGGACCAGCUUCAGCUCUCCAGCUUCUUCAGCUUCAUGCUCGAUAACUUCACUCAGCUGAACGGGAAUGGUCCAGACCUGAUCUCCCAGUUGCUGGACCCGGUUGUCAACCCCUGGUUGGACAGAGAAACCUGCUUCAACAUGAUCCCUGUUCCUGAGUCAUACACCGGGCCCCGACUGUCCUUUCCUCUCUCCGUCUCAGACACAAAUGCUCUCCUCAAUGGUUUUAAAGAGCAGCAGACUCUUCAUGCCAGAUAUGUUCUGCAGCUGCUGUACGAGGCCAAAAAGCUCCUCAAACAGAUGCCAAAUAUCAUCCACUUAUCAACGUCAUACACCACUGAGAUCACUAUAUGUGGUGAUCUGCAUGGACGGCUUGAUGACUUACUCCUCAUAUUCUAUAAGAAUGGCCUUCCCUCUGCCGAGACGCCGUACGUGUUUAACGGGGACUUUGUGGACCGUGGGAAAAAGUCGGUCGAAGUGGUCAUGCUCCUCUUUGCUUACCUUCUGCUUUACCCGGAUUACAUGCACCUGAACAGAGGGAACCAUGAAGACCACAUCAUGAACCUCAGAUAUGGAUUCACAAAAGAAGUCAUGCAGAAGUACAAGGCUCAUGGCCGUGAAAUCCUCCAGCUGUUUCAGGAUGUUUUCAGCCUCCUUCCCAUCGCGACAGUCAUUGAUGGAAAGAUCCUGAUUGUUCAUGGAGGGAUCUCCGACCAGACUGACUUGGACUUUCUCGGCUCCAUAGAGAGGAACAAGGUUAAAUCUGCCCUGAGGUUUCCCAGGCGCAGUUUGGGACAGCUGGAUAUCGGUCAAUGCUGCAGACAGAUGAAGGGAAUAAGAUCGACUGACAGCUCUUGUGCCAGCAGCAGCUGCAGCCACAGCAAGAACCAAAGAACACAAAACCAGAGGAAGAGGAGAUGUUUUCCCAGCCGACAAGACAGCGCCGUCUCCACUUCCUCUUCCUCCUCUUCAUCCUCCUCCUCUUCCUCCUCCCUGUGCUCUCCUCGGACGCCGUCCCACCUCACGCCUCGUCAGUGUCCGUCCUUUCCUAGCUCGCCUCACGCCAUCAGUGUGCUCCAAGUGCCUUUCCUGGACUCACUCUCCUCUGUUGGCCCUCCGUCACCUCCACAGCAUGAGCGUGAAUGGAAACAGAUAGUGGAUAUACUGUGGAGCGACCCUAAAACACAAGAAGGCUGCAGUCCUAACACAUUCAGAGGUGGAGGCUGCUACUUCGGCCCUGACGUCACACAGAGACUUCUGCUCCAACACGGACUGCAGCUGCUCAUCAGAUCCCACGAGUGCAAACAGGAGGGAUACGAGCUCUGUCAUGGUGGACAGGUGAUCACAAUAUUCUCAGCAUCAAACUAUUAUGAGGAGGGAAGUAACCGAGGGGCUUACAUCAAAGUGGGUAGAGAACUGGUUCCCCGCUUCUACCAGUACCAAGUCAGCCGCACAACGCGCAAACUCACCCUGACACAGAGGUACGGCAUGGUCCGAGCUGCAGAAGGCUCUGCUCUCAGGGCUCUGAAGGAGAAACUGUUCAGCCAUCGCUCUGAGCUCAUGUCGGGCUUCCAGCAGUACGACCAGAAUAACAAAGGUUGUGUGUCGGUCAGUGAAUGGACUCUGGUGUUGGAGGCUGUCCUGAGACUCGACCUGCCAUGGAGGACUCUGCGUCCGCACUUAGCCCGUCUGACACCAGAUGGCAGCGUGGAGUACCAGUCCUGCUUUGAGGACAUGGGACCAGGGAACUCUCUGCCACAGGUCACUCCAAAUUUAGCUGAAACUCUCUUCAGAUACAGGACGGACAUUGAGAUAAUAUUCAACAUUAUAGACAAAGACCAUUCAGGUCUGAUCUCCAUCGAGGAGUUUCGUCACACCUGGCGUCUCUUCACUGCACACCUUGGUGUUGACAUCGACGACAGAGCCAUCGAUGACCUGGCCCGGAGUAUUGACUUCAAUAAGGACGGCAGUAUAGACUUUACUGAGUUCCUGGAGGCCUUCAGGGUGGUUCAUAAACUUGACAAGGAUCAGCAUGUGAAUGGAAGAUAAACAGAAGUAUUUAUGGAGGGGAAGAAUCUAUACCCUUCAAGAACCUGGUCUGUAUGAUCAGCAGGGAAAGUGAUAGAGGGAAAAAAAGUAGGAAAGCGUUGAUGAGAUGAAGUGAUUUAGAAUUAUUUUUAGUUUAAAAAAAACUCGCAUUGAAACACUUGAAAACUUAAAGUAAUGAUUUGUUUUUUUCCAAGCAUAUCUAAUGGCAUGGCAAAGGUCCUGCGCUGUAGGAUGUCUCAAUAUCGCAGUUUCCUUUCAAAGUAAAAUAUCUCGAUAACUAUUGGAUGGAUUGCUAUGUAACUCUGUACAGGCGUUCAUGUUCCCCAGUAAAUAAAUCCUGCUCGACAUUCCUCAACACUUGAUCUAGAACCACCAGCAAGCUUAUAUUUGAAGUCCAAGAAAAAAUAAUCUAUGAAUCAAUAUUAUUUUUACUGAUGUAGUGCCACAACAAAAGUUAUUUCAUUACACUUCAACAUAAAAACCAGGUCUAGAUUGAACAGUCACCCAGUGGCAAGGAACACUUCCUUUUAACCGGCAGAAACUUUAAAUCAAAUUUGUUGUUCCCAAAAGAUAAAUCUCAAACAAUCUUUAUUUGUAUAGAGCCAAUUCGUAUCAUGUCUAGACCCAACAUUAAUCCACCAUGAGCACAGCACUAAAGCAAGGAAAGACCUUCUUUAAGAGGCAGAACCCUCGAGCAGAACCAGACUCAUGUUGAUCAGCCAUCUGCAAUGACUGUGUUGGGCUUGGAAAGAGGUAAAGAGGGAAAGAAAGAAAGAAAGAAACGGAUGGAAAGAGACAAAUAAAUUAACUAUAACGACAAUAAUGAAUAAAAGAUUCAUGACAAUGACAAUAAUAAUGGUAAAAGUAUGUGUAGUAAUAGCAGUAACAGCUAAGUAUGAUAAUCAAAUGAUCAGUCUAAUAUUAACAUUAGCAACUAUGAUGAUAAUGAAAUGGGUAGGACUGAUUAUGUUCAUUAUAGCCGUUGAAGUUGAGCAGCUUUUAGAUUCUCAUUAAUGUUUAUAAUGAUGAAAUAGACGUCAGGCUGAGCAGCACGCCGUGCACAUCCACGAUCCAGAGCAACCUACAAGACAAGGAAGCUCAGGAGCUCCCAGGAGGACAUAUGGUUAUUAACUCAAAUGGUACAUGAAGAUUUGAGAGAGGGAGAGGGAGAGAAGAUGAGUCAAAUGAUACUCUUUAUAUCGUGGGGCAUGACUAUACACUGUAAAAUCACGAAGAACAAAACAAAAAAAAAAGGAAAGAAAAACUCUGAAGUAGGAGCUGGGGCUGCUACAUGUUUUAUGUGCAGAUGUACAGACGCAGACUAGUGAGAACCAUAGUGCACAACAGAUACAGCAAGAGAACCAAUGUGAAGCA